GGAGUUGAAGUUCGAAGUGGAACAAGGACGGGCAGUAGUUCUAACGGCCGACCCACUUUGGCCACUAUAAUAUAGUGCAUACAUCCCCCCACAGUUCGUCCCAUCUUCUUUCCCCGCAUUUGAACACAUGGAGAUCAUGAUUCCCAUCAACUUCAUCCGAACAACCCCCACCAACAUUAUGGCUAAAACGACAUUGGCUCCCGUUAUGGGAUGAGAAUCAAUAUUGUCCGGAACUAUGACAUCUCUAUCCCAUCCUUCCAAUGUUUUAUAGUCUCCAGUCCCGAUAACCCGGGUGCUUGACGCAGAGCAACUGUAUUUCCAAUGUCACACAAAUUCAACCAAGACAAACCGCCCAAUCGUCAGACGUCAGCCAUGUCUUCAGCCGAACCCAUCAGGGUGUUGGUCUUCUCCCGCACCGUAGCCUAUCGCCACGACUCUAUCCCAGCUUCCAUAAAGGCUCUUGAAGACCUCGCGGCAACUUCUUCGACCACUGCCCACCCAUUUGUCACGACAGCAACCGAGGACCCUACGAUAUUCACGCCCUCCGGUCUCUCGCAGUUUCGUGUCAUCAUUCUUCUACAAUGCUCUGGCGAGUUUCUCGAUUCUUCCCAGCUCGAGGCACUCAAGGGCUUCGUCCACUCCGGCGGCGGCGUUGUCGGUAUCCACUGCGCCAGCUUCGGCAUGGAGUCGAGUGAGUGGUAUGGCCGUUUGAUCGGUGGUGUCUUCAAGAACCACCCCGAGCCACAGAUGGCGAAGAUCCGGUCCGUUGUCAAUAACAUGGACCAUCUUCUCCUGGCUGGACUUUUGAAGAGACUUCAAGACGAGAGCGAGGGAAAGAAGAGAAUGUUCGGUGUGACAACGAACAAGGAGUGGGAAUGGGACUGGUUCGACGAAUACUACAACUUCAAGACGAACCCGUGGGAUAACCCGCAUCUCCAGAUUCUCUUGGAAGUCAACGAAGAGACCUAUACUGGAGGAACACACGGCGAACGUCACCCCCUUGCAUGGGCGCAGGAGUUCGAGGGCGGCCGGUCGUUUUACAACUCUCUUGGCCACUUUGAUGAAGCAUAUCUGGAGGACCCUGGAUUCAUGAGAUUUAUCUACAAGGCCAUUCUGUGGACUGCUAGAUUGGAUUCCUGAAGUGACUAUACGUUGACCAUAAGUUAGGAGUCUAGAUCCAAUAUCAGACGAAGCUGAAGGUGUUGUUUGCUGCACUUCCCCUCUGUGCCCCACUAUACUUUUAGCGGCUUCCAGACUAGUUCGUUUCCUCUUCGA